CCGGAGUUGGCUGGACGUGGGAGAGGAACAGAGAGACCUGGGAGCGGAGGGCACGUGUGGCAAUCAUGCCACCCCCUACAAAGGUCCCCCGAAGGGAGGCCCUGGUGCUACAGUGUGAGUGGGGAUCCUGUACCUUUGUGGCCUCAACCGUGGAGGAGUUCUGUGAACAUGUCACGCAGCACCUCCAGCAGCAUCUCCAGGGCCCUGAGGAAGAAGAUGAGGAUGAGGUGGACCCACUUGCUGAAGAGUACUCCUGUUUGUGGCAAGAGUGUGGCUUCUGUUCCCCAGACAGCUCUGCUGACCUGGUCCGUCAUGUCUAUUUCCACUGUUACCACACCAAGCUGAAACAGUGGGGACUUCAGGCUCUGCAAGGCCAGGCCGGACUCAGCCACUGCCUGCUGGACUUCCAAAGCCGAAACAUGAUCCCUGACAUUCCUGACCACUUCUUGUGCCAGUGGGAGCACUGUGAGAGCUCCUUUGACAAUCCAGAGUGGUUUUACCGGCAUGUGGAGGCCCAUAGCCUGUGUUGUGAAUACAAGGCAGCCAGCAAGGAGAACCAUGUGGUGCCAUGUGGCUGGAAAGAUUGCAACUGCACCUUCAAAGGCCGUUGUAAACUGAGAGAGCAUCUUCGAAGCCACACCCAGGAGAAGGUGGUGGCCUGCCCCACCUGUGGGGGGAUGUUUGCCAAUAACACCAAAUUCUUUGACCACAUCCGGCGCCAGACAUCACUGGACCAACAACGAUUCCAGUGUUCCCAUUGCUCCAAGAGGUUUGCCACAGAGCGACUAUUGCGGGACCACAUGCGCAACCAUGUAAAUCACUACAAGUGCCCUUUGUGCGACAUGACCUGCCCGCUGCCCUCCUCCCUCCGAAACCACAUUCGCUUCCGACACAGUGAAGACCGGCCCUUUAAAUGUGAUUACUGUGACUACAGUUGUAAGAACCUGAUUGACCUCCGGAAGCACUUAGACACUCAUAGCAAGGAACCUGCCUACCAUUGUGAGUUUGAAAACUGCAGCUUCAGCGCCCGCUCCCACUGCUCCAUCAAGUCCCAUUACCGAAAAGUGCACCAAGGUGACUCAGAGCCAAGAUACAAGUGUCAUGUCUGUGACAAGUGCUUCACUCGAGGCAACAACCUCACUGUCCACCUUCGAAAGAAGCAUCAGUUCAAGUGGCCAUCAGGCCACCCCCGUUUCCGGUACAAGGAGCAUGAAGAUGGUUACAUGCGCUUGCAGCUGGUUCGCUAUGAGAGUGUGGAGCUGACUGAGCAGCUACUGAGGGAACGAGAAGAGCAGGGGGGGCCAGGCCCAGGGGCAGCACUGACUGAGGGCAGCCUGCAAGGCAUUAUCCUGGAACCCGGGCCCGAGGAGGAGGAGGAGGAAGAGGAGGAAGAAGAGGAGGUGGAGGCAGAGGAAAGCCAGGGGGCAGCCCCUUCGGCUCCCGCUUCCCAGGACUCUCCCAGCCCUGUCAUUCACGUGCUGAACAGAACCAAUUCCCACGGUGAGCAUGAGACAGUCUAUUACGUCCUGGCCCCAGCUCCUGGAGUUCAGCCCGCCUCGCCAGGUGAGGGAGCCCCUGACCCCGAUCCCCCUGACAGCAUCACGGAGAAACUGCAUAAGACCGUGGAGGAGCUGGGGAUCUUAGUUGAGUGAGGGGCUGAAGGUCACACUCCUUCCAGGGUCUAGCUGAGACACUGUCUUCCCAUCCUGGAUCUGAGAUUGGGUCUUCUGGUUUUUUCAUUUUUGCUCUCCUCUCAUACCCUCUGCUAUGUCCCACUCUAGAAACACAUGGAGGGACCUUCUGAACUGCCCUUGGUGACAAAUAUGAGGGGCAGCAACAUGUGUGGUGAGUGGGUGUGUGAGAUGUAUGUGGUGGGGGGUGUGUGGAGUUGGGUUGUAUGUGUGUGUAUCAUGU